ACGAGAGGGAACAGAAAACGAAGGCUCUGUGGUGGCUUCAUCCUGUUACCCCUCUGUGAGGCUGCAUCACCAACCCCUUCCCUGCCGAGAAACCCCCCAGCCCCGGCUUUAAGCACAGUGGCAGGGGGGUUUCUGGCUCGGGGGGGGGGGGGUCCCUGGUGAGCAGCUGCCCGGCGAGGGGGGAUUUCCACCCCGAGGUUUGGGUGUGCACGCAGGGAGAAGAUGGCGGCGGAGCUUGCGACGGUGCUCUUAUUCCUCUCCACGCAAGCCUGGGCACAGCAUGGUCCGCUGAAGGUGGUUGGGGCUGUUCACGAGGUGGUGUAUCUCAGCCCCAGCCUAAAAAACCAGAAACCCUACCACCAAAUCCACUGGCGACGCAACAACUCUGUGAAGAUCGCCAGCCGGGACAGCAGGUCGAAGGUCCAGUACCCCAACAGCACUUACAAGGGACGCCUGGAGCUCUUCCCCAACAACACCCUAAAAAUCAGCCACCUGCAGAAAAGCGACAGCAGCAUGUACCAGGUGUACCUGGAGGAUGAGGUGGGCGAGGAGCACAUAGAAAACAUCCUCCUGACGGUGUACGAUCUCGUCCCGAAGCCCACCGUGAAUGUCAAAGUGGUUAGGGAUGACCUGACGUGGUGCAAAGCCACCCUGGAGUGCUCGGUGGGGCUCGAAGGGGUGACCUACGAGUGGAUUUCCCCCAGCAAGCUCCCGCUGGAGGGGGUGGGUGCCUCUGUGCAGCACGUCUCCUUCGACCCCUCGACAGAAACCUACAUCUGCAAAGUCAGCAACCCUGUCUCCUCCAACAACGCCUCGCUGACCUACAGGCACCCUUGCUCCUGGGCAGGUGAGUCUUCUGCUGCCUCAUCCUGUGCUACCACCAGCGUGCUGAUGGCCCUGGGACACCACCUCCUCCUCCUCCUCCUCGCUCUGGCUUAAGGACACCUUGUAGUUGCCAUCUCCCCUUGCCUCAUCGCCCCUCCAGCCGUGGAACAAGCACCUGGAUGAGGCCCCCCAAACCGUCCGGAUGCAGAAAGACACAGUUGCUCAAAGGAACCACUACAACCAGUGCCCGUUACGCCAGCACCCACUGGGUCUCAUCCACAGCCGCCUGCUUCCCCGCCAGCUCAGGCCCUGGUUGCUUUGACGCUGCCUUCAGGGUAGCUCUGUGCCUCAGUUUCCCCUCUCACCUUUUCUGCUUUGCUUUAACCAGCGGUUGUGCUCUCCAGAUCUGAACAGAACUAGGCUGAAGUCUGUCGCAAUGGUGUUUUGAGAAUGGCAGCAAUCUGAAUUGCUAAACUCGUGACUAACCGCUUCUCUCCCUGACCACGAGAUCUGUGGGGAGACACAACCCGAGCCUUUCCUGGGGCUCCUCGUGGACUUGGGUGGUCCUCAGCCAUCUCCUGCUGUUGGUGAUGCCCUUUAUGGAACUGAUGACCAGUGUGACAGUGCAGGACAGUGCACGGUAUGUUUAGCCUGAAACCAGUGACACCAGCACGGGUGCAGCUGGGUGCUGCCCAACCUCCAGGUCUGGAGCACCAGAGCAUCUCGAGGUGGCAGAGCCGAGGUGGCACCUCUGGCUUUCCCUGCAAGGGAGGGUUUGGCAGGGCGAGUACCAUGUCUGCCUUCAAAACUAUCUGCGAAUAUAUUAAAUUAAUUUUAACCCGAAA